GUUGGAUGACCUUCAAUCAUUCAAACCCUUGCGGAAUAAGGAUGAAUGUGUUAAGGCAUUAUGCCUAGCCCUAAAGAUUGGGAUAGUUUUAAAAUUUUCACACAAUUAUGCAUGUUUAGUUAUAUAAAGUCACUUAUAAAUGUCACUAGCAUAUGGAUAUGGCAUGCGUUCCUCUGUUCAAUAAACAACAGUGUUAUAACUUUGAUGUUUUAGUAAAGCUUCACAGUUUGACAGCUGUUCCUUACGUUAACUCCGUCACUUUCGCGAAGCUUCGGCUUUUGAACAGCCGAAGCUCUGCUCAAUACUCUCCCAGAACUGAAAUCCGAAAUAAUAUUGUGACUUGGAACAGUGAACAUCGUUUCCAUUGCAAAUUCAAAAGCAAUGCUGAGACAACUAUAUUAGAUCCAAACAUUCUUAAAGUGUCUAUCCGCAUGGAAACAAAAGGUGGAAAAUCAUUUCACAAAGUUGGUUUUGUCAGUAUCAAUUUACCAUGUUUCGCUGCUGUUGGAAAUGUAAUUAACCAUCGUAGAUAUAUUUUAGAAGGUUAUGAUGAGAAACGUAAACGUCAGGACAAUUCUCUUUUAUCAAUUUCAUUCUGUCUGCGACAGUUGACUGGAGAUAAUUGUUUUCGAACACCAAAAGAGGAUUUAAGUAACUGUUUAAUCGAACCACCUGAUUUUAUUGAAUUACCAGAAACUGAUUCUGAAACUAGAGAAUAUUCUGUAACAGACUGUUCACUUAUGAGUAGUGCACACAAUACAACAACUACUAAUGUUAAUAACACUUCAGCUACGAAUCAAAAUUCGAAUGAUUUAAAUAUUUUAAAACCUGUAGAUAAUUCUAUAAGUAAAUUAACCAACAAUCCGUUGGAUAUACUACAUUCAUUAAAUUUGGAUACAGUACCGUCCUCUUGUAUAUUAUCUACACCAGCUUCCUCCUCAUUAUCAACAGAAACAGUAUCAUCAACUUCACCUCCAGCGCCAUUAUCAUCAAUUGCUGAUAUGUCGUCGAAAAAAGUUAACUAUUCUACCUCAUUUAGUCAUCUUAAAAUGCCUUCAUGGGAUAAUCCAUCUGUAUAUCCUGUUGGGUCAAGUAGCUGUGUUUCAAAGUCAUCAAUUUGUCAAAAUGAGUUGAUUUCUUCACAAACAAAUAUAAACCAAUCAUCAAAUGCUUUUACACAGGCAGAUCAAUCACAGUCAUCUUAUUGUGACAGGCUAUCAGAUUCAAGCUCUGUGACACCUAUUUCAAAUUCCACAUCAUCCACUCCAUGUUCAAUUUCGAAAGGGAGCUUAUUGCUUCGGUCCCCUCUUACUCUCCCAUUAGAUAAAUCAAUCCCAUCAGUACAUGCAAACACACAACAACAGAAUUUGAUGAUAGAUACAUCUGCUGUUGUUGAGUUAGACAAACGAUUGUCUAGUGUUACACAUGAUAAACCUCGAUCUGGUCAGAAUGUUACAUUCAAUAUACUUAAUCCAGAUAAUGUCACUUGUUAUUCUUUACCGAAUCGGCAUCAUUUACCUAAUCUAUGUAUGACCACUGAUACUCCCUCAGAUGAAAACAGACAAAACGUUAAUAUUAUUGAAACUGAUCCUAGUAUUAAGUAUUGUAAUUAUGGUAAAAAGUCAUAUGAUUAUUUUGCUACAGACAGUGUUCUUUUAGUACGAUCGUCUAGACGACGUAGAAUUAGACCUGAUUUACAAGUGUUACCAUCAAUGAAUACUGAUUUAAAAAAUACCGAUCCUUCCUCUCCUGAUUUCACUUUAGCUACUGCUCAUCCGUCUACUUCUAAAUCGAAUCCAUCAGAUUGUUUGAGGCCUGAAAAUGACUCCUCACUAUCGUCGAUUUCUUCAUCUACAGCUACUGCGUCUACUGCAACAGUUGGUGUAUCACAAAUAAUGUCUAAGAGUGGUAUACCAAUGGAUUAUUAUUACUCAUCAGGCUAUCAAUCACACUCGAGACAGUCAAGUCUUGAAUCACAACCUGUUGGUUCUAGUCCACCAUUAUUAUCAGCGGAAGUAUGCACACAGACUCAGUAAUUGUUGAUAUUAUGUAAUUCCGAAGAUUUUUUCUCAAAGUGCCUAGACAACUCUAUUUACAAUCAAAAUGCAAUAAUUCAUUUUGUUGGAAUGAAAGAGGCUCUGUGAUGAUUGGUUCUUUUCCUCCAUUUUUUCACAUAUCUAUAUUCUUCAUAUAUAUAUGACAUGCAUCAAGCGACGUGUCUAGUGUAUCUACUUCAAUGUACAGCAUCCUUCUUCAUCAUCAUCAUCAUCAGACCAACUACAUACAGAGUAUAAUCAAUAAAUGAAUAGAAUCAAAUAAUUCUUAUCAUGUCGUCUGGAUACAAACCUACACAAAGAAAAAUAAUGUAUUAUGAUAACAUGUUGUUUUUUCUCAAACUUUAAUUAUUAAUUGAACAAUAGUAAGUUUUCUCUUCUCUCUUCUAUAAUUUAUCAUUAAAAAUAUAUUUAGUAGUAUAACAAUCAAUUUGACAUAAACAAUGAAAUAGAAGUUAAUAAAAAUGAAUUUCUGUUUCCUAUUUAUUAUCGUAGUAUGUUUUAAAAACUUCAUCCUAGUGAUUAUCAAAUUACUGAGUUAGUCCUUUUCUCUUUAUAUAUAUAUAUAUAUAUAUAUAUAUAUAUAUAUAUAUAUAUAUAUAUAUAUACUUGUGAAGUGUUUAUAUAAUGUAAAUAAUCCAAUAAGAUUAGUAACACAUUGAAGUCUUCUCCUUUUUCUGUGUUGUUGUUGUUGAAGUUUUGUUGCCUGUUAAUUUGUUUCUGGUUAUUGCAAAAUAUAAUUCUUCUAAUAAUCUGGUUAUCAUUUUAUCUCUUGCUAUCAAUCAUUUGAAUUAUGUUCACUUUGUUCAAACUGUCAUUUAUUGUAUUCAAUCACACAUUAUUUGUUGUCUUUCGGGGAGAUUAUUAUUAUCAUUAUUCUGUCCUGUUUAGCAUUGUUGCUAAUGAUUUUUAUUUAUUUAGAAAAAAAACACAUUAGACUUUGAACACGAGUUAUUUCCUCUAAAUCAGAUGUUGUAUACUUCAUUUUUAUUCUAUUUUUCCUUCAAAUAUAUGGAUUCGCCGAUUAUAUUUGUUACCACUUUUUUCUGAAUUUUCUUCUUCUAACGUGUUUCCUAAUUGUGUUUUUCUGUAAGUUUUAUAAAGAUGCUGGUCAUCUGUUUGUUUGCUGACAAUACUGUAAUAUUGUCAUUUUUGGGUAUACUCCUGUUUUUCCCUUAUUAUUAUCAACUCCAACCGCGACUGUAUGCACUUCUAUGCUUUUUACGAACUCAUUAUCAUUUUAAUACCGAUGAUAUUACUUCUCUAUCUAUCUUUUCUUUUCCUCUACACAUUUAUCAUAAAUAAUGUUUAGUAAAUGUUGAUAAAUUUGGGUUUUAUUGGUUCAUAUUAUUCUUGUCCUUUUCUGUCUAUGUAUGUAACCAUUCAAACAUACUUGACGAAUUGUGUAUAACACUAUGGUUUUAUAAUUUAUCGAUUGAUUACGACCACUAAACUAAAUCCACUGCUACCUCCGUUUUACUAACGGUUUUCACAAUCAAAUCAAGCAGUUUGUGUUUGUAUGUGAAGGUAUAUGUAUGCGUAGUGUAUUAUGUAACACGUAGAAUUGGUAAUAAUAGUAUUCUGCAAUCAAUUAUUAUAAUUACCAUGUGUCUAUUUGAGUUAUAAGACAUAAGUUAUUCAUCUCGAGGUCUAUGCUUUGUCUAGAAUUGGUUAUGAACCGACAUUACUACUUAUUCCAUAGAGUUCAUGUUUUAUAAUUCUUAAACAAGGUUUCCAUUCAUAUAUAUAACUUGAAAUGAUAAUCGAUAGGAUAAAAAAAUCACAUAAUACUUUGGAAAG